AUGUCCGAGAUUUAUAGGAGUCCAGGUAGAAGUAAGAGAGACGAUGAAUCAGAAGAUGAGGAGGAUAUUCAAGAAACUUCCAGGUUAUCAUGGAACAAUUGGUUCAAAGUGUUGAGAAACCACUCGAGAAAAAAGUAUAGAACUGGAGGCAGGAGCCAAUCUCGUGCAUAUAUCAUAGAUCCUGAUAACUGGUGGUACUUGGCAUGGACGCAAUUUAUUCUGAUAUGGGCAGUGUACUCUUCCUUCUUUACUCCAUUAGAGUUUGCAUUCUUCAGAGGCCUGCCGGAGAAAUUUUUCCUUCUGGACAUCGCCGGCCAAUUUGCUUUUUUAAUUGACAUCGUCAUCCAAUUUUUCGUCGACUAUCGCGAUCCCCAUUCCUAUCGCCUCGUCUCAAACCGCAAUCUCAUCGCCAUUCGGUAUCUGAAAUCUCGGUUUCUGGUUGAUCUACUAGGUUGCUUGCCAUGGGAUGCCAUAUACAAGGCUUUUGGCAGAAAGGAGGCUGUGAGGUAUAUGCUAUGGAUUAGGCUAAGCCGGGCACUUAGAGUGACAGAAUUUUUCGAUAAGCUGGAGAAAGACAUACGAAUCAAUUAUCUGUUUACAAGAAUUGUGAAGCUUUUCGUGGUUGAAUUAUACUGCACGCACACAGCUGCGUGCAUAUUUUACUAUCUGGCUACGACUCUACCUCCAUCAAAAGAAGGUUAUACAUGGAUCGGUAGUUUAGAGCUCGGUGAAUAUAGUUAUGCAAACUUUAGAGAGAUUGAUCUUUGGACGCGUUAUGUAACAUCACUCUAUUUCGCUGUCAUUACCAUGGCAACUGUUGGUUAUGGUGAUAUUCAUGCAGUCAAUGCCAGGGAAAUGAUAUUUGUCAUGAUCUAUGUAUCAUUUGACAUGAUUCUUGGUGCUUAUUUACUGGGUAACAUGACAGCCUUGAUUGUGAAAGGAUCCAAAACAGAAAGGUUUAGGGAUAAAAUGGCAGAACUUAUUAAAUAUAUCAACACAAAGAAGCUCGGAAAGAACAUAAGCAAAGAGGUCGAAGGCCAUGUUCGAUUACAGUAUGAGCAAAAUUACACUGACGCUUCUGUUCUUCAGGAUCUUCCACUUGCUACACGAGCUAAAAUAUCAAGAAAAUUGUACGUGCCGGACAUAAAGAAAGUUCCUCUUUUCAAAGGUUGCUCGUAUGGAUUUAUCAAGCAAAUUGCAUUCAGAAUGCAUGAAGAGAUUUUCAUUCCCGGAGAAGUGAUUAUAGAAGAGGGAAAUACUGUCGAUCAACUUUAUUUCCUUUGUGAUGGUAAACUGGAAGAAGUUAAAAAAUUUGAAGAUACUGAAACGCAAGGAUCUUUAUCGACUCUGGAUACUUACAGUUCAAUUGGUGAAAUUUCUGUUCUCUGUAACAUCCCAGAACCUCGUACUGUCCAAGCUACUGAAUUCUCUAGGCUCCUACGCAUUGAUAAGCAAUCUUUCAUUGACAUUCUUGAGAUUCACUUUUCUGAUGGGCGCACCGUCAUCAAUAACCUUCUUGAGGGAAAAGAAUCUACAUUUCGAAGCGACAUAUUGGAGUCUGAUAUUGUUCUGCAUAUUGAAAAACAUGAAUCGGAGUAUGCUAUGAGAUUGAAUUAUGCUGCCCAUAAUGGAGAUCUGCAUCGACUAAGACAUUUCGUUGAAGCGGGAGCAAAUCCCAAUAAGGCUGAUUACAAUGGACGAACAGCUCUGCACCUUGCUGCAUCCAAGGGGUAUGAAGAUAUUGUUCAGUUUCUUAUCCAAGGAAAAGUCGAGAUCAAUGUUAGAGAUAAUUUUGGGAAAACUCCAUUAUAUGAAGCGAUCAAGAAUAGCCAUGACCGAGUGGCAUCUUUGCUCGUGAACGCAGGGGCUUCAUUAUCUAUAGAUAAUGCCGGAAAUCGUCUCUGUGAGGCUGUUGCAAGUCGAGACUUUGAUUUCCUGAAAAGGCUUUUGGCAAAUGGGAUUAAUCCAAACUCGAAAAACUAUGAUCUUAGAACACCUCUACACAUAGCCACAUCAGAAGGGUUGUAUCCAGAGUCGAUUUUACUUCUAGAAAGUGGGGCUAGUGUCUUUGCAACAGACAGAUGGGGCAAAACUCCACUGGACGAAGCCCGCAUAGGUGGAAACAAGGCUCUAAUUAAGCUAUUGGAAGAUGCAAAGAUUACGCAGUUGUCAGAAUUAUCUGUCUGCUUUGAGAGAACUGAAGAUAUCGUAGUUGGGAGAGAAAGGGCUUCAUUAUCUAUAGAUAAUGCUGGAAAUCGUCUCUGUGAGGCUGUUGCAAGUCGAGACUUUGAUUUCCUGAAAAGGCUUUUGGCAAAUGGGAUUAAUCCAAACUCGAAAAAUUAUGAUCUUAGAACACCUCUACACAUAGCCACAUCAGAAGGGUUGUAUCCAGAGUCGAUUUUACUUUUAGAAAGUGGGGCUAGUGUCUUUGCAACAGACAGAUGGGGCAAAACUCCACUGGACGAAGCCCGCAUAGGUGGAAACAAGGCUCUAAUUAAGCUAUUGGAAGAAGCAAAGAUUACGCAGUUGUCAGAAUUAUCUGUCUGCUUUGAGAGAACUGAAGGUAAAAUGCCAAAAAGGAAAUGUACAGUUUUCCCAGGGAAGCCAUGGGAUUAUAGAGAUGAUAGGAGGAGUAUCGGAGUUGUUUUAUGGGUUCCAGAAACCAUUGAAGAGCUCAUUGAAACAGCAAAAGAGCAGUUAAAUUUUACAGGUGGUUCCUUCAUAUUAUCUGGAAACGGAGGCAAGAUUCUGGAUAUAAGCAUGAUUUCUGAUACUGAAGAGUUAUAUUUAGUUGGUGAAGCCCAAUGA